AUGGGGAAGAGAAAGUCAGCUGCUAAGCCACCCCCUAAGAAGCGGAUGGACAAGCUCGACACGGUCUUUUCCUGCCCGUUCUGCAAUCAUGGGAGCAGUGUUGAAUGCCGAAUUGAUAUGAAGAAUCUGAUUGGUGAGGCUAACUGUCGAAUCUGCCAGGAAAGCUUCAGCACCACCGUAAAUGCGCUGACUGAGCCUAUUGAUAUAUACAGCGAAUGGAUCGAUGAGUGCGAGCGCGUCAACACUGUCGAAGAUGAUGAUGGUGCAUGA